AUGGGCAAGGAGAAGAAGUGUCACAUCAACAUUGCUGUUAUUGGCCAUGUCAACUCAGGCAAGUCGACCACCACAGGACACUCGAUCUACAAGCUUGGUGGUAUCGACAAGCAUGUAUUUGAAAGGAUUGAGAAGGAAGCUUCUGAAAAGAACAUGAGUACAUUCAAGUUUGCAUGGCUGCUUGACAGGCUUAAGAGUGAGCGUGAGCGCGGACACACAAUUAAUACUUCCUUGUGGAAAUUUGAGACCCCCAAGUACUACUGCACAUUUAUUGAUAGUCCCGGGCAUCGUGACUUUAUUAAGAACAUGAUUACUGGGACAUCCCAGGCUGACUGUGCUGUCCUAGUUAUUGAUUCCACCACUGGUGGUUUUGAAGAUGGUAUUUCCAAGGAUGGCCAGACUCGUGAGCAUGCUCUUCUUGCUUUCACUCUUGGUGUCAAGCAGAUUAUUUGCUGCUGUAACAAGAUGGAUGCCACCACUCCCAAGUACUCUGAGGCAAGAUAUGAUGAAAUUGUGAAGGAAGUCUCAUCUUGCCUGAAGAAGGUCGGCUUCAAUCCUCAUAAGAUUCCUUUUGUCCCGAUAUCUGGUUACGAUGGUGACAACAUUUUUGAACGUUCAACAAACCUCGACUGGUAUGAGGGCCCAACCUUUCUUGAGGCCAUCGAUUUGAUUUCAGAGCCCAAGAGGCCAUCAGACAAGCCACUGCGUCUUCCAGUUCAGGAUGUCUACAAGAUUGGUGGUAUUGGCACUGUCCUAGUGGGAAGGGUUGAGUCUGGUGUUCUGAAACCCGGUAUGCUCGUCACAUUUGGACCUACUGGGCUGACCACUGAAGUUAAGUCCGUGGAAAUGCACUACGAAGUUCUCCAGGAAGGUCUGCCUGGUGACAUUGUUGGGUUCAAUGUGAACAAUGUUGCAGUGAAGGAUCUCAAGCGUGGUUAUGUUGCAUCCAACUCAAAGGAUGAUCCAGCCAAGGAAGCUAUUAACUUCACAUCCCAGGUCAUUAUCAUGAACCACCCUGGCCAGAUUCGGAAUGGGUAUACUCCGGUUCUUCACUGCCACACUUGUCACAUCCCUGUCAAGUUUGACAAGCUUUUGACGAAGAUUGACAGCAGAUCUGGCAAGGAGCUUGAGAAGGAGCCCAAGUUCUUGAAGAAGGGUGAUGCUGGGAUGGUCACGAUGAUUCCCAACAAACCCAUGGUGGUGGAAACGUUCUCAGCGUACCCCCCACUUGGACGAUUUGUUGUCAGGGACAUGCGACAAACCGUUGGUGCUGGCGUUAUCAGAAGUGUGGAGAAGAAGUAUCCUCCUGGUGAUGAAGUCACCAAAUCUGCUGCCAAGAAGGAUCCUUCUAGUGAUGCUGGGACGGUCAAGGUGAUUCCCACCAAACCCAUGGUGGUGGAAACUUACUCGGCGUACUCCCGACUUGGACGAUUUUCUGUCAGGGACAGGGCUGUCAGGGACAGGCGACUAACCGUUCCUGUUGGCGUUAUCAAAUGUGGGGAGAAGGCGUAA